AUGAGCUAUGAGGGGUCCGUGUUUGUGAGUCAGGUACAAGGUCUUGCCAAGGCUGUGGCUGUGGCGUGCCAGUACGUCUGCCCCGCCACUCGACCACUACGGACGGCUCUGCCUUGGAGCCUCAGAAAUUCUGAAAUCAGACCGGUGAUCUCAUCCCUGAGCCACCGUGAUCUCAUCCCUGAGCCACUGAAACCAGAUCAACAACUCCAUCUUGGAGCCGCCGAAAACCAGAUUAUAACAGACAACUUACAGCAGGACUUGGCUUUUACCCUGGAAGAGAGACAGCAAUUGAACAUUCAUGGAUUGUUGCCACCUUGUUUCAUCAGUCAGGAGGUCCAGGUCCUUAGAGUAGUUAAAAAUUUUGAGCGUCUGAACUCUGACUUUGACAGGUAUCUUCUCCUAAUGGAUCUUCAAGAUACAAAUGAAAAGCUCUUUUAUAGAGUGCUAAUGUCUGACAUUGAGAAAUUCAUGCCUAUUGUUUAUACUCCUACUGUGGGCCUGGCUUGUCAACAAUAUAGUUUAGUGUUUCGGAAACCAAGGGGUCUUUUUAUUAGUAUCCAUGAUCGAGGGCAUAUUGCUUCAAUUCUUAAUGUAUGGCCAGAAGAUGUCAUCAAGGCUGUUGUGGUGACUGAUGGAGAGCGUAUUCUUGGCUUGGGAGACCUUGGCUGUAAUGGAAUGGGCAUCCCUGUGGGUAAAUUGGCUCUAUAUACGGCUUGUGGAGGGAUGAAUCCUCAAGAAUGUCUUCCCAUCAUUUUGGAUGUGGGAACAGAAAAUGAG